AUGGAGGCAAAGACUAGCGUUAGCCAAGCGGCGGUCUUCGAUAAUAUUUCCAUAACAGAUUCCCUGGAAGGUGUCUACACUCUGAUCGCUGAGUGCACGGACUGUCCGAAUGGGCCGCUCGUUGCCACAAGCACGCCAGUCCGCGUUCUGUCGACGUCCGAAAUGUGGGUGCUCACGGACUGUGGUGUUCUGGCUCCGCCACAAAAGCAAUACGGACUAGAAGGCGACGUAGACCACAGCUGCGUGCUCAGCAUCUCACUCGUCGAGGGGGGUAAACCCGCUUCUUUGAUCGCGCCGGUCACCGUCGAAGUCGAUGUGUUAGACAAGAACCAGAGACCGGCGCUGCGGCCUCGUAUCAGGGUUGUUCCUGAUGAACACGUCUUUGUCCCCGGCGGUGACAUGACGAAGAGCAUCCAUGUUGAGGCACUGGAGCAACAUCCUGCGAACGCUGCGGGAAUGAUAUCGCACUCGCCAACAGGCUCCGCCUCUGACCAGUACACCAUGCUAGUCCGCACAAGGUCUACCGACCACCGAUGGAGCGAACCGGCCGUUAGGUGGCCGAACGGCAAAGUAGCUCAUGUCGUGACUGCCCCGACAAGAGAGUCGACCGUUAUCCUCCCUGUCAAAGAACAGAGACCUCUAGUCUGGGUCGCAGAGCGAGACCAACGCCACCGUUCCCGGAGCGACCUCUCCUCGGCUAGGCCGGGAGAGCAACGAGAUACAGCCAACGGAGAGUUAGGGCCGCCGAGGCACUCGGCAAGCCUAAAGCAGACACCGCAAGACGCUGUGCCAGAGGAGAUGCUGCCUUCCUUCCUGAUGCCCGUUCAAGACCAUAUCGCUCAGAUUAAAUGGAACUCAACAGAAAUCUUGGUGCGGGAAGGGACUUCCAUACACCUUUCAUUCCAUCUAGGAUCGCGGCCGCUGGAUUCGGUGUACGUAUCAAUAUCGUGCCCUUCACCGUUUAUCAAACACGUCAAGGACCGGGCUGAAGUUCAGCCUGAGGACUGGCUUUUCGGUGAUAGCCUUAUUCUGACCUCGCUUCCACGACCAGGGUAUCCGGAGGCGCAGUAUUCUGUUUCAUGUCACGUUUCGAGUCGCUCGGAAGAUCGUCGUUAUGUGUUCGACAGCGACUCCUUCUCAAGCGCUAGCAUCGACGAAGCCAGCAUUUUCGGGGCGACGGUUCAGUUAUCCAUCUACCGUCACCAGUGUCACGACGGCUCGUUCAAAGGAUUCUGUCCGUGCCCUGCCGGUUACGUUUGUGACGGUGCAACCGUAGUGUACAAGUGUCCCGCAGGGACAGAGAGGGAGUUCACGGUGUUCGUGCGCAAUGCGGAGGAGACAAGUCCGGUAGCUACAGCUUCGAUGGGCAAGGACACUGCUCAUAUCGCCGGAGAGGCAACAUGCAACCGGCUUUUCCGUUCUCGGGCAGGCUCUACGAUUGUCCGCCAGGGUUUGCCAUCGGGGUGGUACGAAUCGGGGUACCAGAGCAGCACGUCCUCGGAAGUGCAGAAGUACCGUCUGCAGAUGCAGGGCUAUUGCGGAAUGGGGACGUACGGUCGCCUCUAUGUAGACGUGACAGGCCGACCUGGAGAAUACUACGCAACAUACAACUCAACUUGCGCGACCUGCCCACCUGGCACGUUCUGCUACGAUGUUGGGAUCGUGAAGUUUCAAGCGUACAAGUGUCCUGCGGGCCACUACUGCCUUGGGGGCGACUCAAUUCCAGUGCCCUGCCCGCCAGGAAAGUACAACCCGUUUCGUGGAGCCAUGUCAAGCAACGCCUGUAUGACAUGCCCCGACGGCUUUGAUUGCGAAAGCUUACAACAAAAAAUCGAGCCCGAGCUCUGUCCUCCCGGGUUCAUUUGUCCUUUUGGGCGGAAGAAGGUUGCCUGUCCUGCAGGCACAGUGAACCCUCUACCAGCGUCUGCGCAGCCGGACCCUUGCGCAGGGGUUUCAGGCUGGUGUGGGCCGGAAGCUCACCGCUUGUUUCUAUUUUGUCCAUUCGAGAUCGUCGAUGAUGAGGUUCCUGUUGUGCUCAAACCGCCAGGCCAGUCUGCCCUUGAACAAUGCGAACGAUGUCCAGCCGGCUACUACUGCCCAAAUAAAGCAGGAGCCCCGAAACCAUGCCCCGCUGGAACGUACAAUCCAUUUGAAGGCGCGUCCAGCAGCAGCGAGUGUGUUCCUUGCCCUGUCGGCUUUCAGUGCGACACUGAAGGAGCCGUCUACUAUCUGAAAAGGUGCUCUGCUGGGACGUACUGUAACACAGCUGGUGCGGCGCCGGCGUUAUGUCCGGAAGGGACGUGGAAACCUGGCUACCUCGGGAAUUCAUUGAUGCACUGCCAUGUAUGCCCCGCUGGAGCGCAAUGCAAGCAAGGCACAACCGCUGCCACCAUCGAGAAAUGUCCUCGAGGUUCGUUCUGCUCCUCAGGCACCUACAUGAAGGUCGAGGCAGGUGAUGAAGGAGUAGUAAAACAGGAAAUAUGCGCCCCUUGCGAGCCUGGAAAUUCUUGCAAGGAUGGCUUUAAGGUCGCGUGUGGGAAAGGGUACUAUUCUGGGCCAGGCCAGGCCGAAUGCAACGAGUGUCCAGAGGGAUUCUAUUGUCCCCUGGAGAAGACGACAAAAUACCUUCUUCAGACAUAUCGCUGCCCAGACAGCCAGUACUGCCCUAACAAAGGAACUGUCAGCCGUCUCCUGGCCAUGCAUGUGGUGUCUGCCACGUACCGGUCCAUAAAGGGGGCACGUGAGGUGUCGGACUGCUGGCCUUGCAAAGCCGGCGAGGUCUGUUCACAGGGCUCCGCAACGCCAACUCUGUGCGCCCCAGGGGAGUAUUGCCCAUCCGGAGGGUACAUCUCUUUGCCAUGCCCUAAAGGGACAGUGAGCACGCAACAAGGGCUACAAAAAAGCAAGGAUUGCGAUGAGUGCCCCGCUGGCAAGUACUGCAGUAAAAUGGGUGCGACGUCACCAACAGGUGAAUGCAAACCAGGUUUCUUCUGCGAGAGCGGCGCAUCAACCUUGGCCCCAGAGGGUUCGUUGUGUCCGACGAACGCCUUCUGCCCUGAGGGUGCGGAAACCCCCGGGUCCUGCGAUGACGGUUUCUUUAUUCCGUGGCGUGGCGCUCACACAAAAAGCAGCUGCGUUCAGUGCCCAGCGGGGAUGUACUGCGAGCGCGUCGCCAGCGGCCCCACGGUCGUCAAGCAGUGCCAUCCCGGUUACUACUGCGAGGCGGGAGCAACGACUCCGACGGCAAACCCUGCACCACCAGGUAGCUACGCUCCAGCAGGCAGCGUACAGCCUCUCAAGUGCCUCCCAGGGACGUUUACGGACGUCGAAGCCCAAGCUGAAUGCAAACUGUGUGCUGAAGGAAAACUAUGCAGCGGUCUGGGCUCAACAAGAGAAGAGGUCUGUCCGAAGGGUUCGUAUUGCCCAGCGGCGACUACAAAAGCUGUGCACUGCCCACAAGGUACCUACGGAGUGCGAGCCGGCCUGUCGGAUACCUGGUCGUGUACGCCGUGCGGUUCGGGGAAAUACUGCCCCGACACAGGUCUGCAGGAUGACGGCGCAAACUGUGCGGCAGGGUUUCACUGCUCUGGAGGCAGUCGAAGCAUAGCUCCUCUUACAUCCGAGCAAGGCGGAAGUAUCUGCAGAAAAGGCUACUUUUGCACGGCGGGGACAAAGCAGCCGACUGAGUGUCCCCGGGGAACGUACAAUCCAAAUGAAGGAGCCAGCACCGAGGCGGAUUGCCUUGAUUGUCCAGCAGGCUCCAAGUACGGUCUGGCUCUCUCCUCAAAUUACUCGCUCUGCGAAUCACGGUACAAGGCAUACGGCAACGCCAUCGCUGGAACGUUUCAGGACGCUGACGCGUCUGCAACAUGCUUAGUCUGCCCAGCAGGCUACGCGUGCGCUCCGGGAAGCUCACAGGGUCCGGUGCCGCAGCACUUGUGUGCCGCGGGCCACUAUUGCCCGGCAGGGACAACAUCUAAAACUAUGUAUCCGUGUCCUCCAGGGUUUUACAAUCCCAAUACUGGGGCGAGAAGCCUGGAGGACUGCCGCCCGUGUCCUCCAGGGCGGUACUGCGAUAGAUUUGGCCUUGAUGCACCGACAGGCGACUGUGCAGAGGGGUAUUAUUGCUCUGGCGGCGCAACAAGCGCAAAGGGCCAGUAUGAGGCGCAAGGGGCGAAUGACGGAGCUGGCCGCUACGAUAUAGGCUGUCUGGAAACAGACAAGGAAGCAGUAGCCCAGGAGAAUGGGGUAGCCAUCGAGGGCGUCGACAGUGGCGCCGACUGCAUGGCGCGGUGCCAGGAGGACAGUGUCUGCAAAUACUUCUCCUGGAAUCCAAGCAAAACCUGCACUUUGAUAACCCAGACGUUCGAGCUCAGCAGCUGCGCUGGAUGCGUCGCGGGGCCCAAGUCAUGCUCUUCGGAUUGCUUCUUCUCUGGCUUCGACUUUACCGGGACAGUGAUCACUACCUAUCGGCAAACACGCUCAGCACACCUGUGUCAGUCACGUUGUGUGACGAACGACCUAUGCUCCGUUUUUAUAUACGAUGCCGACAAUACGAUCUGCUAUCUGAAGGCGCACGACGCUCUGAGUCACCGGGUCAAGGCUCCGAACGUGAAUUACAUUGCUGGACCCAAUAAGUACUGCGGGUUCGGCGGAACGCUUACAUCUAUUUGCAGAUUUCCUGCGGGUAUCCCUGGAACUGCAAGUCAAAUUUGCACGGGCGCUGAACAAGGCUAUGCAGACCUCCUGGAGGCAGGAAGGACGUGCGAGGUCACGCGGGGGUGCAGGGGCAUACAGUAUCUUGAGACCAAGCGUCUGUACUAUCUUCGGUGUGGCAGCGUCAAUGAAAAGCUCGUCGAAGGUGGUGCAACUUGGUUUCCGAUCGUUUGCGGAGAUAUGGGACUGUGCCCCAAAGGCACUUACUGUCCAGCUGGAUCCGCGCGGCCUCGUUUGUGUGGUAUUGGGAAAUACUGCUCCGAUGAGGGCGCGGGAAGCGAAAAGGGUCAAUGCCGCGCAGGCUUUUGGUGUCCGGGAGGCUACUCUUGCCCGUCAAAAUCGACGACUCCCACAGCAGUCAUUUGCACCAAAGGACACUAUUGCCCGGCUGGUGCAGCGGAACCCAUCCCGUGCCCUCAAGGGGAGCAUCAGCCUGGCGUGGGGCAGUCAGAGUGUGUAGCCUGCCCCGCAGGUAAAGCAUGCGGAGCUGCCACGGAUCCGGACGACUGCCCAGCAGGCUAUUUUUGUCCAGCUGGUACCGUAUUCGCUCACCAGUUUCCGUGCCCCGCAGGUUCGUACUCUGCUGAGACGGGCAACGUUAGCUCGGACGAAUGCCAGCCGUGCCCCGAAGGAAGAGUCUGCGAUGAACCGGGGACGCCUACUGCGAGAGUCCUCUGCCCUCAAGGCUAUUACUGUCCUGAGGGAACUGACGGACCGCACAGUAACCCAUGCGAGGCGGGACAAUAUUGCCCAGCUGGUAUAAGUGACCCACAGUUAUGUUCGACAGGAUAUUUCUGUGGAGCUGAGCGCUUGUCUCAGCCGUCUGGCGGUUGCUACGGUGGCUUCCUGUGCCUUUCUGGAGCUUCCUCGCCUUCACCGUUUGAUGCGACCGUCAAUGGAGCCUGCACCGAAACUAUAGAAGGUGGCGAAUGCCCAGCUGGAAAUUUCUGUGCCCCGGCUAGCACUCUUGAUGACGUACUACAGUCCCAGGGACAGACGCCCUCGAGCGUGAAGGCACCUGGACACGCAAUCGCAAACCCCAACCAGAACAACGACAUUUACGUCGUCGACGAUCAGGUGGUCAAAAAGAUUGACGGACGUACCGAAGAGGCAACGGUUCGCUCCUACGACCUGACGGAAUGUACAAUCAAGGAAUAUCGUGGACUUCCGACUCGCCCCGUCGGAAUCGCUGUUGAUAAUACUAGCACCUUCCUUUAUAUAGUGGCGUCUGGGGCCCACAAGGUGGUACGACUUAAUCUGGCCACGGAGGCUGUUUCUCACUGGCUGGGUAGCGGCCAAGCUGGUGACAACUGUGGGCCAGGAGUGGAACUCGUUGAUGUGCAGCUGAAUGAGCCGCAGGAUGUUGCCAUCGAUGACGAAGGAUACGUUUACGUUGCAGACACGGGAAAUAAACGCAUUGUAAUGGUUGACGGACUCCAAGCAGAACCUAUCCAAGUGGUCCUUGAUGGAGUCGCUCCAUCGCCUGCCACACUUGAGAAGCCGGUUGCCGUCCUAGUCACGCAGAUAAAUUCGCCAUUCAACAAGUUGAAGGUCGUAGCCUGCAAUGCCCAGAUGACAAUUUGGCGAAUACAUCUUCCAUCAGGAAUCAUAGCUGUGUCCGCCGGUGACGGCACCACAGGCGACCCUGUGGCCGACGGCACUUUGCCCGCAGCGAGCUUGCCGCUAGGCAUCCCGAAGGCGCUAGGCAAAGGCACGCAGGUUGAUGGUCAACUAUUUGACGUUCUGAUUGGGGACGCGACCCCCAACGGCCUCCGGCGGCUCUCGCUAGGUGCAUCGAUUCGCUUCCUUGAUGUGGCGCCAGAGCCUUGCCCUCCAGUGGGCGACGGCCUCUGGCGGGGGCUGAGCAUUUGUCGGAACAGAGUAGGGAUGUGGACGUUGCCGCCAAAGUCUCUGUCGCUGAAACCAGGCUGUGACAGGAAACUCAUUUACCUGGCUAGACCCUGGAGUGAGGCUCUUGCUGCGGUCUCCAUAGGAACUUUCAUGCCGUACAAAGGCGGCCGGAAAGUCUCGGAAUGCAUCCCCUGUCCGGCGGGAAUGUACUGCCAAGCGGUAGGCCAAGUGGUGCCUUCUGGACGUUGUGAAAAAGCGUACUUCUGCCCGCAAGGGUCAACCUCACCGACAGAGAAGCAAUGCCCAGCUAAGCAUUACUGCGACCGGGAAGAAGACGUCAGCAACGUUGCAGCGAACACACGCAUCAGUACCACAAGCAGAAGAGACUGGGUGGACCCAAACAGGCCUGAGAAGGCAGUCGAUGGGGCGGCCAGCGCUGCACAAGGGUGGCUGUCGAAGAAUACACCGGACGGCUCGCAUGGAGUGGAACUCGAGCUAGACGCGUACUACGUCAUCAGCAAAUACAGGAUCUACUCUGGAGAUACCACGGGCGCAAACGCCUCACAGUGGCUUCAAGCAAGCAUCCCGGUCGAAAAUAAUGACCAGCGUGAAGCUGAAGGUAGUAUCAUGGACGUGUAUACUAACAAAGUUCAGGUGGCAUUCAAUCAGAACCAGGUUUUUGUUGCCGAGAUCGAACUGUACGGGACACCGCUGCCCGGUGCACUCCGCGCCACACCGUGCCCUCCAGGGACGUAUCAAGACGAGCAAGGACAAACCGAAUGCAAGGCCUGUCCACCUGGACACCAGUGUCCUGGCGGCCAGACCGAAAUGCAGGGACAUAUCUGCUGGGAGGGCUCGUGGCUAGAAGCCCCGUUUACAGGCGAUGUCAACCCAGACCUCGACGCUCCGCCAGUGGUUCUUAAUGGUCUGUGCCCGCAAGGGUACUACUGCCCAGCAGGCACUCCUGCUCCAAUACCGUGCCCAAAAGCAACAUACGCGGCGUUCGAAGGCGCGAAAGCCAGCGGAGAAUGCACCCCAUGCCCACCAGGGUAUGCCUGCCCGUCCAAAGGCGAAGCCGUCCCUUGCGGUUCCGGAUACUACUGCACUACUGCAGCAGAAUCGGCUUGGCCUGCAGAACCACAACAGGGCGGCAUCUGCACUGCGGGGCAUUACUGCCCCGAAGGCUCGUACCAGGAGAAGCCUUGUCCUCCGGGGGCCUUCAGCAGUCAGGGUCAAGUGGAGUGCACGCGAUGCACAGCCGGCUACUAUUGCGACAAGUCGAAGACAGCGCUGGUGGACAAGCAAUGUGCCACAGGGCACUUCUGCCCCGAAGGCUCUUCUUUUCAGCGGCCGUGUCCUCCAGGAACAUUUACGUCGGAUAAAGGAGCGAGUGUCUGCAGCAUUUGCACACCCCGAUACUACUGUGAUAACAGUGCCCUCAACUCACCCUCCAGCCUUUGCGAAGAAGGAUACGUAUGUGGGGGAGGAGCGGUCGGAAGCCGGCCUUCGAACAACGUUUUUGUACCUGGUGGCGAAGCCCGUUUCGGCGCAUGCCCGCCAGGGCAUUAUUGCGUUCCUGGGACGCACGAACCUACCGCCUGUUCUGCAGGAACGUAUCAGGGUACUACUGUCUGGAAUCAGCUGCAGUACCGAACCCGACAGACGGAGUCACGGGAGGCCCUUGUCCUCCUGGCUGGUACUGCCCCGCGGGUUCGUUCGCCCCGAAAGCAUGUCCGCAUGGACAAUUUACUGAUGCCGCAGGACAGGGAGAAUGCAAGGCCUGUCCGGCUGGUUCCGCAUGCUACACAAACAGCCCGCAGCCUGCAAGCUGUCCUCGAGGCCAGCAGCGACGGAAACGUACCGAGCGACCUGGAUUCUGAUUGCAGUCCAUGCCCAAAUGGAAAGUACUGCCGAGCAGGCAUCAUCGCUGGGGACUGCGCUGCUGGCUGCAUGGUAUGCACUGUUGCAGGUAUGGCGGAAUUCCCUGCCCAGCAGGACAUUUUUGUCGAGGUGGCGUCACAACUCCUGAGACAUGCCCAAAAGGAUCGUCCCGCGUUGCCACCGGCGGUCGGUACUCAGUUGACUGCUCUGAGUGCCCUGCUGGGCUACUACUGUGGAGCUGGCCAAGGCGCCUUGGCAAGCAGCAAUGUGUGUCCAGCAGGUCACUACUGCCCCCCUGGAACAGGAAGGCCGUAUCCCUGCCCUGCGGGCACUUACGCCCCAUCACGGGGUAGCAAGGAUCCAAGUCACUGUGUCCCGUGCUCAGCGGGUUAUUUCUGUUCUCGAGGGUCGGCACAUCCCACAGGCGUAUGCCCUGCGGGCACGUACUGUCCCCAAGGCACGUCUGUGCCCCAGCCGUGCCCGGCGGGUUUCUCGUGCCCCGAAGGGGCCAUCAAACCCGCCAGCUGCCCAGCAAGCUCCUACUGUCCAGGUGUAACAGGAAAAGCCUUGGAAUGCCCCCUUGGAACGUACUGCCCAGUGGGGGCGCAGUUCCCCGAGCCGUGUCCGGCAGAAGCGCUAGGCAGUGACACUUUCCAGGAGAGCGACGUGGCGUUCCGAGCUUUGCUUUCAAAUGAAAAAAUAUUCCAGGAAAGUACUCGGACGUGUGUUUGCCAAAAGGGCUACAUCUACAUCGAGAACGGCAUUGACCUGUCCGACCAGGAUGGAAAGGCUGACUGUCAGGAAGAGGUUUACGAUGAAUGCGACUAUGGCGAGGUGCGGGAUCCGGAGAGCAACUGCAUUGUCCCCGACGUUCUCUGCGAUGCGCAAUGUGGCCCUCAAGGAGGCACAUACCAUCCUGACUACCAGCGAUGUCUCUGUGCGGGUUUGGUUACAGCCGAAGAGGUUUGCGACGAAAGCUGCCGCCGGCGAGCAGGCGCUCUGAUUAUCCACAAUGGAAAUUUGGUUUUCACUGACAGCCAUGGGGUAGAAACGUCUGUGUUUCCCUUGGACGCUCUUCUCGGAGAUGCGCAAAUACUGGCUGGAAAUCCCUACUGCAGCUCCAAUAAUGGGCUCGGCUGCACAGUGGUCUUACAGGAAGUAUCUGAAGAUGGCAUUCGAGGUCUGGUUGGGCCUCCCCGGGAUCUCGAAGUUAUCUUCAAGCAACGGAUAAGCGACGACGCUUCUUCCCAAAGCCCUGAUCUCCGGAGCCUCUUACAGAGACAUCCUAUAAUAACGUCCCCGUACACUCGUUUUGCCGCUAGCUCCCGACAUCCAGGCCUCGAGACGUCCAAAUUCCUGUCGACCCAAUACACAUCUGGCGCCUCAGGCAUUUUGAAUCCGAUUCAGUGCAUUACGGCCGGAACGAUAGUCGCGUGGCUGGUCCGGCCAGGAGAGGGAAAUAUAUCAGCUCCACGUUAUCCUGUUUACUUGAAGAGAGUGGCCAUAAACACAGUGGACGAUUUCGACUACGGGUUAUUCACGAAACUCCAAACCGACCUUUUAGCAGGGGUGAAAUUGUUGAUGUUUGCGUAUACAUUUGACAAGGCCGGAGUGUACUCGUUUGCCUAUCAAGACAACGCAUUACUCCAGAGUGUGGUCAAGGUUGUCGACGGUGUAGACGAACUUUGUCCACCUGGAUUCGAGCACCCACAACCGCAAACUCGAGAAACCCUUGAGACAUUGGGAAUAGCUGCAGCUGGCACCCUGCACCUGACUCCUGCUUGGGUACCCAUCAGCGUCGCGUGCGUAGGCAUCAUUGCGGUGAUCAGCGUCGUCGCCAUUUUCCUAUACUUCUUCCGCCGCUACUUUUGGGUCUUCCCUAUCGAAGCGGGAACCACGACUUCUCCGAAACGCAGCUUACUCCAAUACGUUCGCGACAUUCUGCUAUGUCGUAUGCGUGGAGAACCAGAGGAGAAGAGAUCCAUUGUCCCUGAGGAUUUCGAUCCGCGUGUCUUCCAGGCUGCAUACGUGGAGUUGGUUAACAUACAAAACUGCAUUGCGGAGGGGGUAGCUGCGGUCAGCAGUGAGCAUCAGGCUAGGCACGAAAUGCUGAAAGACAGAGAGAUCGCCUUCCGACACGGCCUCGGAACGUUCUUAAGACGAAUUCAGGACCAAACUGAGGAGCUGACGAGCGCACAGGGGGCCAGCAGGUACAGGCUCGGCGUGGCUGCGUCCCUGUUCCUGCUGCGGAAAGAUGGUCUGAUUGAUCUCGUUCGGUCGGAGCGGCUGGCUUCCCAGGAAUAUGCCAGCGCUGUUGUCGCCAUGAGCGAGGACCAACUGAAACACUUUGUACAAAAAGUCAACCGAGAUGCGGAGCAUCACGCACUGGAGGAGGCGUUGGUGCAAGAACGCGAUGACUUCGCAAACGACAAACACAAGCUGAUUCUUGAAGCGGAGCAGGCACUGAUGCAGGAGUCUUACGAACAACACAAGAAGCGUGUCCAGUGCACGGAAAACGCGCACAAGUCCGUCCUGGAAGCGCACAAUGCGCUGGGAGCCAUUCUGUACGCUGAAGCAAAUGAGGCUCUAUCUCAGGCCACGUGCGCUGAAUUCGCAGGCAAAGUUCUUGACAUUAUUACUCAACUUGAACAUGAAGAGGAAGCCGCCUUCCAAUUGGCAUGCAGAGAGGAACGCAAACAGAUAGAAAACGCUUACCAACACUUCAAGCAGCACUGGAGUUUACGAACGAAAGUCACAUUUGAGGCCCGGCUUUGCGUGUCCGUGAAUGCUCUUGAGGAAAAGGCGUUACUGUCUUUGUCAUUAUGCACGACAGCAGACGAGGUGGCGGAGGUUGAGGCAAAUUUUGUAGCUGAAAAGCAGAAAGAGGAGUACCGUAAAGCCGUGACCGUGGCGCAAUCCCUAAUAGUUCAGCAACAGCAACACCGGGCCCAAGAGAUGGAGGAGCGAUCUCAGAGGCUGAAACGAACCGUUGAGGGGCGUCUGACACGAGCGGCGGCAGCGCGCAAGAGGUUGCUGAACGACAUCCAGCAGAUGAACAUUCAACAAGAUAAAGACUUCGCGACGUACCGCCAGGCUAGCGAUACCUCUGAACAGGAACUCCUGGAAAUGCGACUGAGGUGUCUGGCAUCAGCUUCCACAGUCGGCGCGACGACACCUCCUUGGCAGCCCCAGGCAGGUCAAGCAGCAGUUCUGGAGUUGUGCGAGACUUCUGAGCCAACCAGUAUCCAACCGAAGGUAACAGAAGGCAAUGAAGCACUUCUCAAUCUUGAGGCGAGCUGCCGCCAUCAGCUACAAGAAAUUAGGGAAGAUAUCAGAGAUUUUUCAAUCCUAAUACGGCUCGCAGAGAGCACUUAUCUGGCGCUUGAUGACGAGGGCAUCCAGGCGAUGGGCGCCUACAGCGACGGCUCGUGGUCGGGCAUCAUGAAGGACGUCGGUACAGGUAAUGAACCUGCGACAGACCUCGGAACAGAAGGCGUCUGGCGCACGGCAAAUCAAUCCGAGAUGCUGUCUGUUCUGCAAGACCUUAAUGCCCGUCCUUUCAGAACGGCGAUAACCGAAGACCUAGGCCACAUUACUUUGGGCGUCUGGGAACACGCGACUAGCGUAGAAGGAAAGGGGGCUUCACUCCCGUACCGGACUGGUGUCUCAACGGACAAAUUGAAGCAAGAGCUUCUUGAGGCCAAGGCUAAGGUGACGGCACUGCGAGAAGGAAGUCCGGACGAAACAGAAGCAGAGAAUACAGCUCGGAUUGCCUCCUUGGAAGAGGCGAAUCAGGCCAUCGAGGCUUCGCUUCAGGAGCACCUCGAUCGGGUGCUGCAGCGGGUCUGCGAGGAGCACAAGGUGGAAUGCGAUCGUCUGAAGCUCGAGCAUGCUGAUCAGAUGCGAGCGCAACUUCACUGCUCCGAGGUCGACAGCCGUUUCACCAAGAUAUCUGACAUCUUGGACUGCAAUGCUAGAGUUAACGUCAGGCUAAAGGAGAUCGAGGUGGAGCAAGCAAACAGCCUACAAAAAAAAAUGGAGGAGAUCAGGAGGGAAAUGGCGUCCGGCGUGGAGAAAGUUAGGCUGCAAAAGUCUUCUGGUGGAGAGGCGGCACGACAGGACAGGCAACGGGCAAACGAGUGGCGGGAAAAUAUGGCUAGCAAGCAGGCGCAAGCGUUGGGAAGACGGUCCCAGCUUCGUGCCGGUGGAGGGCACACAGAGGCCCUCCUUACCUUACUGCGCCAGAAGAUGGACGAACUGUGGACUGCGCUUGAAGAGGAGAAAGCCCGGCAGCAAACUGAGGUGGCGGGCAAACUGCAACAGAAGCAGGUCGCAAGGCUGGCGAAAUUCGGUGAUAUUCAGGGACACCGCAAGGUAAAGUGA